UUGUAAAUGGGUGGGGAGGGGGGAAAGUAUUUAAAAAUGAACAUAGAAGAAACAUAUUAUGGAUUUUGACUUUUUAUUAGUUUGCUGAAUUUAACGAUUUCAAGUUAGUAAUGUUGCUGUUGGGUUUUUUAGUUUAGUGUUCUGUUAAGAUGUUAUUUUUUGCCUCGUAAGCAUUACCAACUUUUGUGCAGCUACUGGAUGAUAAGGAAACUCGCUUAUUGCUGGCCAGAAUCUCCCCUUUAGUGGGUAUGGCCAGGAGCUAAGAUCAAAAGCUUCCUUGGUGAGCCGGGCGCCACGGCUGGCUUUUUGAAAUUCUCUGUCAUCAUUUGCAGAACUGCUCGGCCACCAAGGGCAAUUUCGUGGGCACUGCUGGGUGGCACCCAACGGCUAUGGACUGGAGGAAGAAAGGCAAUUACGUGACACCAGUCAAAAAUCAGGGUCCCUGCGGGAGCUGCUGGACGUUCUCCACCACCGGGUGCUUAGAGUCUGCCGUCGCCAUCGCCACGGGGAAGCUGCUGAACCUGGCUGAACAGCAGCUCGUCGACUGUGCCCAGGGCUUCAACAACCACGGCUGCAGUGGCGGCCUCCCCAGCCAGGCUUUCGAAUACAUCCGGUACAACCGAGGGCUCAUGGGUGAGGAUUCGUACCCGUAUCGGGCCAAGAACGGCACCUGCAAGUUCCAGCCCACGGAGGCCGUUGCCUUCGUCCAAGAUGUCGUCAACAUCACGCUGAAUGAUGAAGACAGCAUGGUGGAAGCGGUGGGGAGCCACAACCCUGUCAGCUUUGCCUUUGACGUGACGGAGGACUUCAUGCUCUACAGAAAGGGAGUUUACUCCAGCAAACGCUGUCAUAAGACUCCGGACAAAGUGAAUCAUGCUGUCCUGGCUGUGGGCUACGGGGAAGGGGACGGCCUUCCCUACUGGAUUGUCAAAAACUCCUGGGGCCCAAAGUGGGGCAUGGACGGGUACUUCAACAUUGAGCGGGGAAGCAACAUGUGUGGUCUGGCUGCCUGUGCCUCGUACCCCAUCCCCCUUGUCUAAAAGGGGGUGACGGUUUUGUCCAUGGAAGGAGUGACUGACUAUGCUGUGGACCAAAGAUGGUGGGCAGACCAUCCGACCCCGAAAGCAGAGGCAGCUGGACUUAGCCUGGGCCCUCCAUGGGCUUCUGUCCUGGGACUGCUUCUGAGGAACUCCUCUCCUCCUGCCGACCAUUGGACCUUCCAAGCCCCACUUCAUCAGGUCGUGCCUCUAUUGCUUCUGAUUGUGCAGCACUGCCCCCCCCCCUGCCCCCCCGGGGCACAGGCCUGGCCUUGUGCUGCUCCUGACUCCGUCCUCUCCUGAAGCCACCUCUGGGACUUGAAUCCAGGAUCCUUUCAACUGCUUCCUUGCCCGCUUUGGGAAGGCUGGAGGUUGGCGCUGUCUGUGGGCACCUGGUCCACCAUCCCCAAGUGUAGAAAUGCUGCAGGGGGCUGGACAUGGCCUCUUCCCCCCACUGGCAGUCUCUUGUCCAGCCGCAUCCUCAGUUCUUCUUCAGUACCACGAGAUGAUGGGCAUUCCAAAUGGUUUGCAUGCAGCAAGCCACCGAAGCCAUGAGGUACCACAAGUGCAGCUCUGAGGCUCCUUCCCGUGCCGUUCCAUGCUCCCGCAUGGGGCAGAGCCUGAGUCCCGAUUGCCAGAUCCUUGCACCCUCACUGCAUCUGUGGACUCAGCAGGGAGCAGCUGUGAGUGAUUUUGCUUGUUUGCACUGGACAUACUUUUUUAUUCACCGUGUUUGUAUCUGGCUCCCUCUAUGGCAGGGUCAGUACUUUGGCUCACAGAGGCUAGCCGGAUUGUCUAGCUGGGCUGGCACAUGUGGGAAAGAGAACGCAUUUGUUUUUUUAACUAAAGUUCAUUUCUUGCUUA